AUGUUCCCACCUUUCCAGGCCCAGAUAUCGGACGACCUCUCUCCUGACGACGGUCUUCUUCCCGAGUUGCAAGCCUUGGCCAUUCAAAAUCGACCAUCAAUAUUAACCUUAGCACAAGACAAUGCGCCGGAGCGUGUCAGCUCCUUUGACGUGUGGAUAGCAAGAUGUCUCCAUCACGAUUUCUACUGUACUGCCUAUGAUCAACUUCUCGCUCGUCAUAUAGAGGAGUACAGAUACUUAAAUACUCAAGAGCUUGACAAAUUAUACGAUGCAAUCAUCACCAAACAAGACGAGCUCAAGGAUGUAUAUAUCAGCCUCAGCGACGUGCAAAACGUGGUCCAAUACGCGCGUAUGCUGUUGCGCUCCCUUGAUCCCGAGGUCAGCUGUCACCGUAGACUGUUCAAGAGGCAGCUCAAGCGCUCACGCAAUAGAUACAAGGAAUUGAAGUACAUCGCGGGAUGUUAUAACAAGCGUGUCGGUCGACUUUGGGCAGUCUUGUCUGAGGAGACCAAGCGCACCUGUGACUUCAGGGAUGCUGAAGCUGGACGAUCUUGA